UCCAACAUGGCGGCGCCCAUGAGUAAAGCACUGCCUGGCAUUCUGUCAACAUUUUCAAGACUAAGUUUGGGUGGACUGCAGACAUCAAGAUGUGUCCACACUCAGGUUUGCCCUCUGCUCUUCAUGACGUCCAGUCAAGUCUGGGCUGCUCCAAUGAAGAAGAAGAAAAAAGCUGACUCGGCAACAAUCAUAGCUCGAGAAACAAAGAGGAAGAAGAAGUUUGAACGUCAGAUAAAGAGGCUGGAGAAGUAUGGCCGGCAGCUGAAACCAAUCGAAGAAAUUGUCGGGGAUCUCCAAAUCAAGGAUAAUGUUGAGUCACGUAAACGUGAGAAGACAGUGUUGACCUUUGAGGACAGUGAGUACCGUGCAUUACUGACAAAAGACUGGACCCGUUACUGCAUGACUCGACACCAACAUGAAUUGUCAGCCAUCAGGGCAGCGAUGAAAUCCCAGCAGAGGGCCCUGGAUAGUCUUCGGGAGGAAUCAGAGGAACUUUACCAGAAAGCAAUCCAGGUAGAUGAGAUGUUUCUUCCUCUCGAGAUGAAAGGACCAGUGGAGACUCCACCAAUUAAAGAUUAUGACCCUGUUGACGGAGAAUACAUAGACACAACAAAGAAGUAUGACAGAUGAAGAUGAAGAAGAACCUUUCUAAUGUCGGAUUUUAGUUAAACACCUUGAUGCAAAAAGCAGAUACAGUCAAACACUUUUGUGUCAAACUUCAAUGUAUGAAAUGUACAGUUGUUGCGAAGUAAAAGCUUGAUUCCUGCUUAAUGCUGAUUUGGACAUCAUUUUCCAGUUGUGUCGAACCUUGGACAACUCAAAUCAUUUAUGUAGGUCGCUUCAGCUAUGACCAAUGGUGUUUGACUGUAAUAAAUAUAUUAUGGUCCAACCUGAUCGGUUUUCUGGAUAUUUUUAGGAUGGUAGGGUAGCCUCGUGGUUAAGACAUUCGCUUGUGAUGCUUAAGACCCGGGUUCGAUUCCCCACAUGGGCACAAUGUGUGAAGCCCAUUUCUAGUAUUCCCCGCUGUGAUAUUGCUGGAAUAUUGCUAAAAGCAGUGUAAAUUUUAAUACACUCACUCUGGAUAUUUUAGCAAGAAACUAACAACGGGAGAUGGGCAGUAAUGUGGAGGUAUCAUCGAAUGAUAUGUUUUCAGACGACAGUAUUCACUCGCGCAGUACUUCAGACUCAGAGUGCUCUGAUAAUGACAUAUGUCUAAAAUAAAUAUGUCUUUGGUAAGUCCGUGAAAUGUUUUACAGUUGCUCAUAAAGAAGGUGUUUCACAAGCCUAAAACUCCACAAUACAAGGAUGCUCAGCUGUGGAUAUUAACCCUGGGGCCAGUGGGGUAGCCUAAUGGUUAAAGUGUCACGCCGAAGACCCAGGUUCGAUUCCCCACAUGGGUUCAAUGUGUGAAGUCCAUAUCUGGUGUUCCUCACCAUAAUAUUGCUGGAAUAUUUCUAAAAGUGGGUAAAACUCAGUUCACUCACUCACCCUAAUCCUGGGAUCUAUAUUAAACUCAACUAACCACCAGUUGAGUGAGUUCAGUUUUAUGCCUGUUUAGCAAGAAAUGGGCUUCACAUAUUGUAACCAAUUACGCGGGUCCUCGGCAUGAUGAGCGAACGCUUUACCCACUUGUCUUCACCACCCCUCCGUUUAAGAAAACAGGACUUGAGGGAUUAUUUAUUUAACCAUGUUUGAUUUUGAGUGGAUGUGAAUAAAAGAAGUAUGCCUUCUUA